CUUGAACGUUUGAUGCCACCCGCCCACAAACAAGAAGAAGAAGACGAAGAAGACGAAGACGAAGAAGAAGACGACGACGACUAAAUACGGCUGGGAAACUUUGCAUCUCUUUUUGACAAGCGUCUAAAGGGAAAACGUACAGCCGAUAGCCCGAGAUGAGCAUCUUUCAAGAAAGCGUGCGACAUUUAGUGGCCGCUUACGAUCACACAUUGGAGCGGCAAAUAGUGAGGCGAGGCUCCUACCUGGCAUGCAGCGAUAAGGAGCUGUGGAAGCAGGUGGGUGAGCUCUUGAGCGACAGAAAUGCUCAAGAAACCCACUGCCUGAAUGUGGACCCUCUGAGGGUUAUGGAAGAGUCGCUCAAAGUGGAAGCGGCAUUAAGAAAAGCAGCGAAAGCAGGUAGCGCCAAGCAAGUGAAAGCGAGAGGAGGACUGCGAGGCCUUGCCAAAGCGUUUGAGGUUCUCGAACAAGCCGCUUUGAACCUGUACCUGGGGCCCUGGAGGGAAGAGUACAAAGUUGUCAAGAUGUACUCAGGCAUGUUCACACACUACAUCAAGCCGGCGCUGUCCCAGGCACAGAUCGAGAAACUCUUCGGUUUGCUAGGAUACCAGUGCUCAACACGGCAGGAGCAGCUUCAGCUCCACUUCCUCACAGUCAGCCCAUUGAUUUUGGACGAUUUCCUCUCCCUGUCGUGUGCCUUUUUUCUGGCACGCUGCGAGUGCCGCCUCCUUCUGACGGCCCUGGGGAAUCACGGCGGCGAUCCCCGGUGGGAGCUGUGUAUGGUCAGGGAGAGACUGCGGGGAUGCAGCAUACAGGUUGCGCUGGACAAUACUAAAAGGACAGUGGGAUUCAAGCAGCCACUGAUGGGCUCUGAUGAAGAAUCAGAUGUGGAUCUGUAUACGGACAAGCAAGUUAACGGGGGCCAGAGAGGGGUGCUUGUUCCUGUCGAUGAGAGUUCCCGCUCGUUAGCGUGGGGGACUCUGCCUGUUGCAAUGCACCACAACGGAGCACCGUCCUCAUCCUCCCACGCCGCGAGAGAACGUGUUUGCGUUUCAACACUCGGCCGCCAGGUUACCAAAAGCUCAGAAUCCGAACCGUGUGGGGAGACGACCGCUGAUUUGGAUCUAGAGCUUUCCAGCCGACAGGCAGAUACGGUAGUGAUGGGAAUGUAUGAGGUGGAAAGCAGCCACCUUUGCAGCUGCCUCCGAUCUCCUCACCUCUACUUGAACCAGUGUCUCGAAUGCAACACACUCCACAAUAUCUCCUGUCCCGUGGUUCAGCGCUGCUCCCAGGACGGGCACAAAGUGCUCUCGUCUGAAGAGAUGAACGAAUCGGACGCGACGUCACCUCAGAGCCGAAAUGUCAGACCGCGAGCUUUGAACGCGUCCCCGACUCUCAGCGGCAGCGGUGCGGCGAUGUCGUCUCUAUCUUUGCGCGAUAACACGAAAUCACUGAGCCCCAUUUAUCAUCCAAUUAGUUAUCACGACUGCUGCGACCUCAAGCGCCUUGAUCCCCAGGUUUUAUGCCUCAGUUGCAGCGUUUUCCACUCUGCUACCUGCAAAGGUUUAGACUUUUGCGUAAGUCAACACACACUCAAAACACUGGGUAACUGUUCCUGCGGGAGGUCUUGUUCCAGAAAGCCCAUGGUUCUGUGCAGAUAUUGUGGAGCAGAGUAUUGUAAUGAUUGUUGGUAUCGAAAUCCUCUCUCGUGCAGCUGCGGCCAAACAUUUGAUCAGGCAUCUUCUCUGUGAUUUGUCAGCACAGUAAGGCCAAGAUCAUUCGAUUUACAGUGCCUUAAAUAUGCAGACAAUGAAGCAAAUGCGCAAAUGUUGCCUUGACUUAAUAAAAAAAAAAAAAAAAAUUGUGUGCAACUUUAUUUUUGUUCUUUUUAUUUAGCUCCUCUGUACGACGACCUUUGUUACUCAUUACCAGGCCACGGUAUACAUUUGGUUUUGAAUAUGUAAUUCACGGCCAUGCAAAUUGUUGUUUUUGUUGUUUGUAGCCAGACCAUAUGACAGUACAUUGUAUGGUCCUGUGAACGGGGCACUACAAGUACCCAAUUUGCAUGUUUAAUAAACUCAAAACUACAUCAGA